GAUCGCCAACACUUACCCUUCCUAUGUCUGCAGGCACCAGGAGCAGCCCCAGAGGAGAUGUUUGCCCCUCUGCCAGGUCCCAGGCAUCAGGGGCUUUGCUAGCCAUAUGGAGAAGCAAAGGGCCCUUCAGAGGCUCUCGGUGAAGAAGCAGCCCUGCCCGGCCCUUGGACGGCUUGGCUGUGUCUUGCAAGAGGCGAACAAUUUCAUCAACCUCAGCUUUCUCCGCCUCUUCCGUGCUGCCCGGCUCAUCAAGCUGCUGUGCCAAGGCUACACCGUCCGCAUCCUGCUGUGGACCUUCGUCCAGUCCUUCAAGGCCCUGCCCUACAUAUGUCUGCUCAUCACCAUGCUGUUCUUCAUCUACGCCAUCAUCGGCAUGCAGAUUUUUGGAAAUAUUGCCCUGGAUGAUGACACCAGCAUCAACCGACACAACACCUUCAGGACGUUUUUGCAAGCUGUGAUGCUGCUGUUCAG